ACGUGACUUCCGGUUUAGAUUGUAAACAUGGAGGAACUGAGUGAGGAGUUGGAGUAAGGACUGUUGUGUGAUUAAAGCUCAGAACUUGACCUAGAUAUUCCCAAUAUCAAUCUGCUGCAAGAUACUUCAUUUUGCAGACGAACGUCUAGCCAAGAUGCCUAUACAGGAAAGUGAAGAACAUGAUGCAGUGCGCAUGAAAGUAGGGUACAAUGGGGAUAUUCUCAUUACAAGCAUAGGACCAGAAAUCUCCUUUGAAGAUUUUUGUCUGGAAAUCAAAGACAUUUGCAAAUUUGAUGACCAGCAACCAUUUACUGUCAAGUGGCUGGAUGAAGAAGGUGACCCGUGCACAAUAUCCUCCCAGACGGAGCUGAAUGAGGCCAUUCGACUGUAUGAUCUGAAUAAAGACUCAGAGCUAACCCUCCAUGUUUUCCCUAAUAUACCUGAUCGACCUGGAAUGCCGUGCAGAGGAGAAGAUCGUAAUAUGUACAGAAAAGGUGCAAGGAGGUGGAGGAAAUUGUACCGAAUUAACGGACAUCUCUUUCAAGCCAAGCGUUUCUCAAAGAAAGCCUUCUGCUCCUUUUGCUCAGACAGAAUCUGGGGGCUGGGACGACAAGGGUUCAAGUGCAUACAGUGUAAGAUUGCUGUCCACAAGAGAUGCCAUAAAUUCCUCAAGGUUGUGUGUGGAGCACCAGUCAUUACUGGAGCAAAGCCAGAACCAAGAGAAGAUGUCAAACAAGCUAUUCCAGACCUGAGAGAUAUGUCACUGAAGGAACCGAAUGGCCACCCAACACUUUCAGAAAAUGGAACUUCAAUAGAAAUUGGAGGGAAGGAGUUGACAGAAGAAAGUGAGGUUGAUACCGAGGCCCAACCUGCGGUUCAGACCACCAAUGGAACAAACUCUCAGCAAGUAACUCUGGAUCAGUUUGAACUUUUACGAGUGAUUGGUCGUGGAAGUUAUGCCAAGGUCCUAAUGGUGGAACAAAAACGCACAAAACGUGUCUACGCAAUGAAAGUCAUCAAGAAGGAGCUUGUUAAUGAGGAUGAGGAUAUAGACUGGGUGCAGACGGAGAAACACGUGUUUGAGACGGCCACCAACUACCCAUUCCUUGUAGGGCUUCACUCCUGUUUCCAAACUCCCAGCAGAUUGUUUUUUGUCAUUGAGUUUGUGAGUGGGGGUGAUCUGAUGUUUCACAUGCAGAGACAGAGGAAAUUGCACGAGGAGCAUGCUCGGUUCUACUCAGCAGAGAUCUGCUUAGCUCUCAAUUUCCUACAUGAAAGAGGCAUUGUAUACAGAGAUCUGAAGCUGGAUAAUGUGUUACUUGAUCACGAGGGGCAUGUCAAACUGACCGAUUACGGCAUGUGUAAGGAUGGAUUGCGACCAGGUGACACUACAUCAACAUUUUGUGGAACGCCCAAUUAUAUAGCUCCAGAAAUUUUACAAGGACUGGACUAUGAUUUUAGCGUAGACUGGUGGGCAUUAGGAGUACUGAUGUUUGAGAUGCUGGCGGGGCGGUCACCAUUUGAUGUGGUGGGAGGAGCAGAGAACCCAGACCAGAACUCGGAAGAUUACCUGUUUCAAAUUAUCCUGGAGAAAACUAUUAGAAUACCCCGCUCACUUUCCGUGAAAGCAGCGUCCAUUCUUAAGGGCUUUCUUAACAAGAACCCUGCUGAGAGACUUGGAUGUCAUCAUGAGACAGGCUUUAAUGACAUCCAGUCCCACCCUUUCUUUAGAGCCAUUCAGUGGGACAUGUUGGAGCAGAAGCUAGUCACCCCACCAUACAAGCCAAGCCUAAAAUCUGAUCGCGACCUGGAGCACUUUGAUCCUGCUUUCACAGAUGAACCAGUACAAUUGACCCCAGAUGACCCGAAAGUAAUCGAUAAGAUUGAGCAGUCGGAGUUUGAUGGUUUUGAGUAUGUGAACCCACUUCUGAUGUCCCUAGAGGAUUGUGUAUAGCAAGUCAAUUAGCCACACCCUCAAACCAGAUGACAGGAACUUUGUACUCAGAACUGGGAGGCAGACAGACAGAAAAUUGUAUACCCAGAUCUGAGAUCCAGACAAUCUUUUCCAUUUACCUCAACCUGUUGCUAGAAAAAUGAUGAGAAAAUGGCAUUGGAUAGGGUUGUGAGGAAAAUUUACAGCUGUUUGCACAAUGAUGUUACUCAGUUUGUGAUAUACGUAUCAUGAAAAAUUAUUUUGUAAGUUCUUGUGCAUUGAAAGAUUUACCGGAAAAUACCUGUGUAUGUUAUGUGUUAAGUUUAGUGUAUUUUGUGUCUUUAAUUGUUUAUUGUAAAUUAACAGUGGAUAAGUUUUAUUAAUUUAAUAGGAUGGAGAAAAAAUAUGAAUUUUGUGGAAUUCUUGUACCAUAAUUUCAAUGUUUUGUUUUUGACUCAUGAGCAACUUCAUGUGCAUAUUUAUUUUUUUUUAUACAUCUGUUGCACUAUUUUUUCUGUGAAAAGCAGUGUUGUACAACGAAAGAGAUUAAUUUUUAUGUUUGUAAUACAGAAUUAGAUAUAGUUGUCAGUGUGCAUUUUAUUUCAUGUAAAGGCGCUCUUGGUUUAUAGUGACUUUUUUCACAAAAAAUCUUAUGCCUAAUAUAGAUUUUUUUUUAGCUCAACCUUGCAGUUUGAUAGGCAUCAAAAUAUUUCAAGUUACUUUGCAAGAUUUAUUAACCAUUUAUUCACCUUUCACUGUUUGAUCAGUGGUCUAUUAAUGAUGAAUUGAAAAAAAAACUGCAUUGCUUUUUAUUUCUGGUAUUGGUCAUACAAAAAUUAUGAAAAGGGGCACUGGUCUGCAGUAAAUAGAUUUGAAGAGACUGACAAAAACGUGGAAUUAGGCUAUAUAACAAAACAGAAGAGGAGAUCUGAUUUUAUAGAUCUUAUUCUUAUUAAUGAUUAUGUUCUCAUUAUUUCUGUUGAUUUGCAUUAUGUUUGAGGUGAAAAUUCAGCUUAUAUUUACUAAUUCGUAAAUUGGGGAAACUCUUGCAAGAGUUUAAAACUAGCUGUCCAGUCCGUCUGAGUAUGUUUUGCCAAUGACUUGCAAUGUAGAAUUUUGUCCCGUUUAUUUGUAGUUUCAUUUGAAUGUUAUAGAGCUUUAGAAGAUCAAGUGCAAUGGAAUUAUUUGUCAUAUGUGUUUGUCAUAUUAUGUGCUAUUAUUCAAAUCUUGUUAUUUUUGCAUUUUGAUUUGUCUAUUUUGUACUACAAUACAAAAUGUGCAUCAAUCAUAGUUUGGCGUCAUUUGGAGAACUGAUAUACAGUUGUUUGAAUGAUUUAGAUGUUUACCCUCCUGUCUACAAUGUAAGUAUUCUAAAAUUUAAAGUGCAAGAUUUACUCCGUCAUAUACCAUUAGUUUAACGAUAAUGUAUCUUAUUUAUGACUAAUUUCUAAUAGUAGUUGUAUUGAUAGAUGAUUGGGUUAAAUGAUACUUAUACAUGAUAUGCAGGUAUACACAGUAAUUAAUUUGUAUUACAUGAUUAUUGUCUUCCAUACAACAGACCUGUGGGUUUUUUAAUGUGUAGUUUUACACAUAUAUUAAAUUAGUUGAAAGUUAAUAUAUGUAUCGGUGACUAUCCUUUGCUAACAAUCAAUGUAAAUCUUAACAACAAAUUGUUGCUGUUUUGUCAGGCAUGUAUUGAGGUGAGAUGUAAAAAAAAUUUUUAGGAAAAGCUUAUCGUACAACAUCAACACUGAUUGAGUGUACUUACAACAAUUAAAGUGGAACACCAAGAAUCAUUAGCAGUCAAUAAAAUGACCAGUAAUUAUGGUGUAAUUGUUCAAUUCAUACCCAAAGGAACAAGGUUUGCUUUCAAUGUCCUUGUGAUUAUAUGAAAGUUGUAAGCUAGUGAAAUUUAUUUUUAUGUACAUUGUGAGAAAUAGUUUUAGCUCAGAAAGACCAACAAUGGUACAGUUAGAAAGUGAACUCUAAAAAGCAUUCCGAAUAUAUCUUGAUUUGAUUUUUUUUAAAAGAUAAUUUAUUAUUGGUUGUGAUAUUUCAAGUUUUGAAAUACAGUGUACAAUAAAAAAAACAUUUGCAUGUGUAA